AUGAACGUGAACAGGGGUGCGGAGCCUAGCAAAUUCUUUCGGGAAUCGACGCUGAGGAGUGGGAAUGUGAUCCGGAUGCCGGAUCUUCGUGUCAAAACGCCCAAAAGGUCAUUUUUGCCAAGAAGCAUUUCCUCUGGAUUACCGUUCUCGACCUUGAAGCUCGCCGAGCUGAAGCAAAUCUUCCAUGCUAGAGACGAUUCCAACAUAGAGAAGAUCAUGGUACGCACCCUCAGCUGGUGCGAGAGAGCGCCGAUCCAAGGUGAGACCAAGCGAUGUGUUAGCUCUGUUGAGGGCAUGAUCGACUUCGCCACCUCAAUACUAGGCCACGACAUCAAGCUUCAAUCCACGGAGAGCGUCGGGGGGUCAAAGCGUGAGAUCUUGAUUGGACAAGUGAAAAGGAUUGACGGGAGUAAAUCAAGUCCGCCCAUGGCAUGCCACGAGACUCUAUUUCCUUACAUGAUCUAUUACUGUCAUGCGUUUCUGACACUCCGGGUUUACGAAGUGGAUAUACUGGAUCUUGUGUCCAAGGCCAAAAUCAACCAUGGCGUCGCCCUCUGUCAUAUGGACACGUCGGCGUGGAGUCCAAAUUACGAGGCAUUCCUUGCGCUCGGGUCGGGCCCUAGUCGGAUCGAGGCCUACCACUGGGUCUAUGGGGAUUAUGCGGUCUGGACAGUAGCCAAUUAG